AUGAGUUCGAUUGGCGGGACGGGUAUAGGCAUGGGACUUUAUGCGGCAGUUAGCAAUCCAGCGCAGAUUGCUAGUCAGCCUGAAGAGGCGGCGGAGAAGCGGCAUCAUUUGAAGAAUGGGAAGGGGUUUACGAAUCCGUGGGAUAGUUAUAUGGAGUUUGGGUUUUGGGAGUUGGUUGUCAAGGGGAUUUGGUGGAGGGAGUCUGGAGACGACGAGGUUGGUCAAUGGAACGACCCAGAUACCACACCACCCACCGUUCCCGUCCGCACCCCAACUUUCCUCCCCACACGCACCACACCCAAACUACGCGCCACUUGGCUCGGCCACGCAUGCUACUACAUCGAGUUCCCUAGCGGCUUCCGCGUCCUCUUCGACCCCGUCUUCGAAGACUGCUGCGCCCCAAUCACCAUAAAGUCGCUAAAACGAUACACGCCACCCCCCUGUGAGAUAGAAGACCUACCCAUUGUCGAUGCCGUGGUAAUAAGCCACAACCACUACGACCACCUCAGCUACCCGACCAUCCAGCGCUUACAGAAGAAGUUCCCCGAAGCGCACUUUUUCGCGCCGCUAGGGAAUAAGGUGUGGUUUGAGAAGAGCGGGGUGAAGAACGUGACGGAGUUGGAUUGGUGGGAGAGUAGGCAUGUCAGUUUAGGAGAGAAGAAGGGGGCGGCUGAUGACGAGGUGUCUGUGGCAAGUAAUGGUGGGAGGAAAGAAGAAGGCAUUACGGCAACGAUACACGCACUUCCGUGUCAGCACGUCAGCGCCAGAACGCCGUUUGACAAGUGCAAAACCCUCUGGGCGAGCUGGAGCGUCGAAUCCGGUGGUGCUAAAGUGUUUUUCGCUGGCGACACAGGCUACCGCACCGUCCCCCCCUCGAUCCCCUCCGACGUAGACGACUACUCCCCCACCUACGCCCACCUCCCCAUCUGCCCCGCCUUCUCCCAAAUCGGCCUCCACCGCGGCCCCUUCGACCUUGGCCUCAUCCCCAUUGGCGCCUACGAACCCCGCGCCCUGUUCAGCAACGUGCACGCCAACCCAAAGGAUGCCGUCAACAUCUUCAAAGAUACGAAGUGUAGACGAGCGUUGGGUAUGCAUUGGGGCACUUGGGUGCUUACGGAGGAGGAGGUGUUGGCGCCGAAGACGGAGCUGGAAGAGGCGUGUAAGUGGAAGGGGGUGGAGAGUGGGGAAGGUGGGUUUGGGGUUGUGGAUAUUGGGGAGAGUAGGGAGAUUGAGGUUGGUGGGGGGUAG